GUAUCACGUGUAGUGAUCACCAUUGUUAGCACUACUAAUGGUGAAUCACCGAAAGGUGUUGUUUUGGAUAUUCAAGCUUGUACGGAAGCGACAACAGAAACAACGAAUGUCACUCCGGUAUCAACUGGUUUCACAUCGGGCUCAAGAGGAACAGGAACAGGAACAGGAACAGGAACCAGUACACGAGUCGGAAUAACUGAGUCAACGCAAACUCCAGGAACAACUACGAAGAGAUGCAAAGAAAUGCAAGCGGUUGAUGAAGCUGUUAGCAAGAACAUUAUUGUGACACCGAACCCAUUGCCGAUAGGUGAAAACAUCAAAUUUCAACCAACAUCUCAACAAGGUGUUUCUUUCGGCGAAAAUGAUCGCACACCGACGAUUACUGUCAACUUUGGGAAACCUGCUGAGGUUCAGUCAGUCACACUUCCACGUGAUCGAACACCCAAUGGAAAUGUUGCACAAUUUGAAGUCACCUUCUAUUCACCUCAUGGACACAAAAUCAACCACAAACCAAUCUUAAGUAGUUCAAGUCCAAACGAAAACAAGAAGAAGCCAGCUGAACUCGAUUCAUCACAAAUACCAUCAAAUACACGUGUAUCACGUGUAGUGAUCACCAUUGUUAGCACUACUAAUGGUGAAUCACCGAAAGGUGUUGUUUUGGAUAUUCAAGCUUGUACGGAAGCGACAACAGAAACAACGAAUGUCACUCCGGUAUCAACUGGUUUCACAUCGGGCUCAAGAGGAACAGGAACAGGAACAGGAACAGGAACAGGAACCAGUACACGAGUCGGAAUAACUGAGUCAACGCAAACUCCAGGAACAACUACGAAGAGAUGCAAAGAAAUGCAAGCGGUUGAUGAAGCUGUUAGCAAGAACAUUAUUGUGACACCGAACCCAUUGCCGAUAGGUGAAAACAUCAAAUUUCAACCAACAUCUCAACAAGGUGUUUCUUUCGGCGAAAAUGAUCGCACACCGACGAUUACUGUCAACUUUGGGAAACCUGCUGAGGUUCAGUCAGUCACACUUCCACGUGAUCGAACACCCAAUGGAAAUGUUGCACAAUUUGAAGUCACCUUCUAUUCACCUCAUGGACACAAAAUCAACCACAAACCAAUCUUAAGUAGUUCAAGUCCAAACGAAAACAAGAAGAAGCCAGCUGAACUCGAUUCAUCACAAAUACCAUCAAAUACACGUGUAUCACGUGUAGUGAUCACCAUUGUUAGCACUACUAAUGGUGAAUCACCGAAAGGUGUUGUUUUGGAUAUUCAAGCUUGUACGGAAGCGACAACAGAAACAACGAAUGUCACUCCGGUAUCAACUGGUUUCACAUCGGGCUCAAGAGGAACAGGAACAGGAACAGGAACAGGAACCAGUACACGAGUCGGAAUAACUGAGUCAACGCAAACUCCAGGAACAACUACGAAGAGAUGCAAAGAAAUGCAAGCGGUUGAUGAAGCUGUUAGCAAGAACAUUAUUGUGACACCGAACCCAUUGCCGAUAGGUGAAAACAUCAAAUUUCAACCAACAUCUCAACAAGGUGUUUCUUUCGGCGAAAAUGAUCGCACAC